UGAGCCGCAGACUGCGCAUGCUCCAAGCGCGGCGCCCCCGACUCCUCACUCGGCUUGGUUCGGGCAUUUCCGCCUCUUUGUUUUAAACUCCGCACGGCUUUUUUCUCCUCCUCUUGGGGGGGACCCAGAGGGAGCGGCGCCCCCUCCCCCUCCCGGCGAGCCCCCGCGUGCGCCCGCUCGCCCGCCGCCCGAGACGCAGACUUCACAAUGUAGCCCCGAUUCCAGGCUAUCAUUCACAGAAAAUGGAAAAGGAACAAGGGACAGAAGGAAGGUGCAGAAGCCCGCCGGAACUCAGAGUAAGGAGGGAUCACCACAUCCACUUGGUGGCCUGAAGCCUCCAUGCCACCGGGUGAGGAAGGACUCACAGACAUCCAGAGGAGAAGCCAAAGAUGUUGACCAGGAAGAUUAAACUCUGGGACAUAAACGCCCACAUCACUUGCCGCCUGUGUAGCGGCUACCUCAUUGAUGCAACUACAGUGACUGAGUGUUUGCACACGUUUUGCAGGAGCUGCCUGGUGAAAUAUCUGGAGGAGAAUAAUACCUGCCCCACUUGCAGGAUCGUGAUCCAUCAGAGCCACCCACUACAGUAUAUCGGUCAUGACAGAACCAUGCAGGACAUUGUUUACAAGCUGGUACCAGGCCUCCAGGAAGCGGAAAUGAGGAAACAGAGGGAAUUCUAUCACAAACUGGGCAUGGAGGUACCAGGUGACAUCAAGGGGGAGGCGUGCUCAGCAAAACAGCACUUAGAUCCCCGCAAUGGUGAAACCAAAGCAGACGACAGUUCCAAUAAAGAGACAGCGGAAGAGAAGCAGGAGGAGGACAACGAUUACCACAGGAGUGACGAGCAGGUUAGCAUCUGUCUGGAAUGCAACAGCAGCAAACUACGGGGCCUGAAGCGGAAGUGGAUUCGAUGCUCAGCCCAAGCAACAGUACUGCACCUGAAGAAAUUCAUCGCCAAGAAGCUCAAUCUCUCCUCCUUCAAUGAGCUGGACAUUUUAUGCAACGAGGAGAUCCUGGGCAAGGACCACACUCUCAAGUUCGUGGUUGUUACACGGUGGAGAUUCAAGAAGGCGCCCCUCCUGCUACACUACAGACCCAAGAUGGACUUGCUGUAAGCCCAGCCAGACUCAGCCCACACCCAAUGCUCUACACGGCAAACUGUGCCGUGGAAUGUUGCCUCUGGGUGCCAUGUGGACCAUAUUUCUGAAUAGAGAAUAUUUAUAACUUUUGUAUGAGAGAAUCCACUCCCAACAAGACACUACCAGCACGUGUUUACAGAGGAUGAAAACACUUCGCAGUUCGCUCUCUCUGCUUCCGGUCUACAGGCCGGAGAACAAGUGAAUCCGUGACACACGCAGCGCCUCCGCUUGCUUUCCGGGGCUUGAGAAUCUGAGUUCCUUUUGGCUUCAUUUGUGGAUUAGGUUUCAUUAUAAGCCUCAAAAACGCUUGUACUUUCAUUAAGUCCUUCCUAAGUUAUUGAAAGUCUUUUCAUGGUAUAUAUUUAUGUUGCCUUUAGCUUCCUGAAGACUUAAGAGAUAUAUAAAAAUUUAAUUUAAAGCAUACCCAAAGAGGCUUGCAGUAAUACUAUUAUUUAGCCAUGGUAUUUAAUUUCCCACCUUCUAGAGUACAGCAGAGGUCCACUCCCAAGUUUGAGUCUUGUACUGUGUAUCCUGGCUGGGCUAGGGGAGACCCUGCCUCAGUCCCCAGCGUCGUGUGGCUGCAGUUCCGGCCCUCCAUAAGGCAAGUCGGGGUGAAAUGGCUGGCGCAGCACUGGCUUGUUGGAAAGUCUUUGGAAGUUCCUGCCUUUCCCUUUCUGUUUUCCUUCUGCUGGCAAGAUGUGGUGGUGGCUGUUUGUCGCUUACCAAACAGCACAAGCCCUCCUGUGGGGAGACCUUGUAAAGGUACUUGUGAGGUGACCUCUAACCUCCAUGUUCCUGGCAGAUGGUAUUUCCAGGCUUGCCUUCCUGCUCAUGGGGUUAGCAUCUUUU